AUGGUCUAUAUUCCACUCUCUCUAAACUUCGGAUGGCAUUCCGAGGCGCUCCCUUUCAUUGAAGAAAGCGCGAAACUCGCGCCAGAACGCAUCAAACUAAGGCGCCAGCUAGUCUCCGUUCAUCCAGGGUCAUACAUUCCAGAUUUGGCUGCAUCGCUCGAUAAGCUGUCUUCACCCUUGACACACUCGGACGGCUCUCCGAAGCGCUCUCGUUUAUUGAAUGGGUCAAGCUCCGGCGCGAGCUUGUUACAGUCCGACGCUCCGAAGCGCUCUCAUUUAAGUUGUCAAACUCCGGCGCCAGCUAGCCACAGUUCAUCCAGGAUCACACACACGAUAUUUGGUUAUCUCACUCAUCAAACUCUCUGGCGCCCUCUCCAAACUUGGACGGCACACAGAAGCACGUUCGUUGGAGACAGCGUCAGCCAGUCGCCGCUUGUCUGGCAUCAUAUACAGACGAUUGAGGAAAGCGUCGAGCUCUGGCGCCAACUUGUUGUACUUGGUCUUGAGUUGUAUACACCGAAACUGGCACGAUCCCUCUACAACUUACACUCCGCUCUCUCCGAUCUCGAAUGGGAUUCCGAGGCACUCCCGUAUAUUGAAGAGUGCGUCGGACUUUAUCGCCAGCUGGAUGCUGCUCGUCCGGGAUCAAACACAUUAUAUUUGGACAUAUCACUUGACGAUCUACGCAACACCCUGUCCAAUCUCGGACGCGAUUCCGAAGCAUCGAUGGUCGGUCGUUGA